AUUGAUGUUACAAUAAGCUUGAAAAAUGGCUUCACCACCACAAAAACUGAAGUUUGAGGUAAACGGAUCUCGUAUAAGUAAACUUUUAAUCAAUAAAGGAACCCAAGCCUUAAAAAAAACACUGGAAUCUUUAUUGAAGCCAUCAAGUUUAGCUGAUAAACUUAAAGAUCCCUCUACAAAGAAGACACUAACAUCUUUGAAAUUUAAUGUCAUCAAGAAUGAGCAAUGGGAUCUUCUUUACCCGUCAAUUGGUGACCCUGACACUGAAAACUUUGACAUCACAUUAUUGACUGUCUUAUUGCGUAACACAUGUAGUCUACCAGCACCGCAUGGUGGAUGGGAUAAUCCUUCCUCUUCAGAUACUUCAAUCUCAGCAAAUAUUGCAAGAAUAAAGUUUUAUCGAAACAAAGUGUAUGGCCACAUAAGCACAACUAGUGUAGAUGACAGUACGUUUGAGCGCUUGUGGGAUGAAAUCUCAAAAGCAUUGGUUGGUUUGGGUAUUCAACAAACUGAAAUAGUUGAAUUAAAGGAAGCUCCCCUUAGUCCCAAUGAGGUAAAUUAUCUUGAAAUGUUAAAAGAAUGGUAUGGAAAAGAACAACAGUUAAUCAAUGUUGCGGAGAAAACUAACGAAAAUGUAAAAGAAUUAAAAAAAGAGUUUGAAGCUAUAAAAAAUAAAGUAGAAGAAAUCAAAGAAAGCAUGCCAAAAAAAGUUGAUGUAGUAGAAAUUAAACAAGAUAUGGCAACAAAAGCUGAUGUAACCAGAGAGAGAGAAAUGAAACAGGACAAAAUAUGUUCUGAUCUUGAGAAGCUUGGAAAGUGUAAGUUUGAUAGUUUUAUAAAAGAUCUUAACAAGAAAUACCUUGAAGGCACUAGACAAUGGUUAUUUGAAAAACUCGACACUUGGUUUAACGAUAGAAGUGAAAAUGCUUCUAAUGUCAUGAUUUUGAUUGCCGGUCCAGGCGUUGGUAAAAGUGUUUUUGCUGCUGCGUUGUGUCGACGAUAUUCUGAAAACAAGAAACUUGCUGCUUCUCAUUUCUGCAGAUAUAAUAUAUCAAAUUAUAGAAAUCCUCGAAUAUUGAUAGAAUCAUUGGCUAGUAGCAUGUGUGAUACAAUAUCAGAUUUCAAGUCUAAACUGAAUGAAGAAUUAAAGAGAAACCAUUCCAAAGAAUCGAUCACCGAUGAAUUCAUUGUUUUAUUAAAUAAUCCAUUGCAUUCAUUGGAAGAUCAUGAACCAAUGCUUUUGGUUAUUGAUGCCUUAGAUGAAAGCCAAGUUGAUGGCAAAAGUGAAUUGUUGGAAUUGAUUGCAAAAGAGUUUGACCUACUGCCUAAAUGGAUUAAAAUCUUCAUCACCAGUCGUCCAGAACUUCCUGUUCAAAAGGAGUUGAAAGACAUGAAUCCUGUGGAAAUUACAACAAAACCUCGUGAUGAAAACAACGAAGAAGACCUGCACAAGUAUUUGACACAUCAGUUGAAGGGUAAUUUCUUCAUUGCUGACAAGUGGCACGAAGACAGUGAUGACAGUGAUGACAGUGAUGACAGUGAUGCCAGUGAUGGCAGUGAUGACGAUUACAAAGCUUUCCGUUUAUUAGUUAAAAAGUGCGAGGGUUCGUUCCUGUACGCUUAUCACGCACAAGAGAGUUUAAAAAAAGAAAAAACUGAGCUAACUGUCAAGAAUAUUAAACAAUUGGUUCCUACUAAGUUGAGUAAAUUUUACACAGAACAAUUCAAGAGAUUAAAUAAAUUAUUGAAAGAAAUAAUUUUAUCAACACCCAAAACCGUUAUUUCCGAUGAAAACUUUACGGAAUGUCUUCAAGUGUUGGUUUCUUAUGAAAGUAUUUUGCCUUUGUGUUUUCUUUUUCAGUGUUUAGGUUUUUCUGAUGACAUGAAUUUUAAAGAUCGUAUUAAAAUACAGGAAGUGCUAUCUCAAUUUUUUCCAAUUUACGAUGAUUAUUUGACCGUGUAUCACAAGUCUCUCGUUGAUUGGUUAAAAUCAGAUGGUUAUGAAGAGCAUGAGUUUACAGUUGAUCCAAAAAAUGGACAUAAGUCAUUAUGGCAUGCUUGUGAGAAAGUGUUUAAACAAAUUAAGUCGAUGAACAUUUUUAAAGAUCAGAUGAACACUGCUAUGAUUAAAUAUGCUUUGAAGAAUGGAGUCUAUCACAUGAUUGAAUGUAGCGAAAAUGUCGACUUUAGUUGGGCAGUAGAUGUCAAAGUGGUUUGUGCGAGGUUAAUGGGUGUGGAAGACAUUUACAUGAAAACCAUGAGGUCUGAAUUGUUUGAAAUCAUAAAGGAACGACGUACUUUCUUGAAAAAAGAUGUACUUGAAGAAGUAUUAAUUGACUUGCUUGCGACAUUUAAAUAUGCGAUGUAUGUUAAAAACUUUUUGUAUUUACAAACUAUUGCAAACAGAAUUGAUUGCAGUAACGAAAAAAGAUUAUUGGCAAGGGAUUUAUUGAAACAAGGAAAGCUUGUUUGGUUUGAGGAUUUAGAGUCAACGUAUUUAACAAACCAUCAUCAUUUAACUGUCUCCUUGCGUGCUAACGUUACAUCUCUUUGUGUGUCGUCCAAUGAAGAACUUCUUGCUGUAGGAUAUGAAAAUGGCCAAAUAUCUAUUUUUGAACUUCCAGAAUUUAAACAACGAUGCACUCUAGGCAAUGCACUCGAUGAUUCAAGGUUGGAAAAUUUAGAUAAUAUAGACAACUUUAUGUAUGACACCUUUGACGAUGACCAUCCAGCAUUAAUGAAAUUUGGUUUUGUACGUGGAAACAUUUGUUGUUGCUCCUUUUCACCUACCGGAAAUAGACUGGUAACUAGUGAUGGAUCUACUGAAGUAAAGUUGUGGGACGUUAACAAUGGACGUUUGUUAUUAUGUUUACAGUCAGAUGAUGUCGUUAAUCGUUGCUCUUUCUUGGAUUCUGGUUUGUUUAUUACAGCAGAAAAUGGAGAGAAGAAAAAAGACGAUUAUCUUGUCAUGAAAGCAUUUACAAAAGUGUUCACUGCAUGGAAUUCAUUAACUUUGCAAAGAAUUGAUCGACGCUGCGUUGUUGAUUACCAAAAACUACAAUGCACUGAUAAAUAUUCAGAGUUCUUUGUUGAAAAAUUCUUCAAGACUUUGUAUGUUUUUGAAUUCCCUAAGGCAAUCGAUAUUUUUUCAAGAGAAAAUAAAUAUUCACAAUGUUCAAAUUCAUCGACAACCCACCAUUAUCGUGAUUGUAUUUUUUAUCAUACAAGACAGAAUGGAAAGUUUUCUGAAAUCACUCAGUUGACAAAAUACAACGAUCAAGGAGAAAUCGAGUUUUGUUUACCAGAUGUUUGGUGUCCAUGUGUUGCUAGGACUCUUAACAAAGUCCAUUCAAUCUCGUUUAAGGAAUUUUACGUUCUGCCGUAUUUUUACAAGCUUAAAAUUUACAAAACUGAUCAU